AUGGAGGGCAGCAGCACUAAUUACGGCAGGAGAUGCGGUGGCGGUAGCUGCCGAGCUGGCUGGCCGGAGGAAGCAGCACCCGAGGCGGGGCACGCAGCCCCUGCUAGCCGGUCUCCUCUCGGCCGAAGGAGAAAAGACUGUGGCUCUCAGAGGCACUGGGAGGCGCACAACGGCCUAGACCCCACUGUUCCCCUAAGGGCUGGCUUUGGAGCUAGGUCCAGUUCCCAGUUCUGGCAAUCCCGCCCCAGGGCAUUGCGGGGCACUGCUCGGCAUUUGCGCUGGCUGGGUCUUCUACUGGUGCUAGGAUCACUACCUGAUUCUUUCUCGUUUUUUCUUCCUAUUGAGAAAGGGCGGGGCAAGAGGAGCUUUAUAAAAAGCUUCAGCAGCCGCAGGACUUCCGCGGCCCUGUCGGCUGGUCCAGGGGAACCGCCUGCUAUCUCUGUAAACUGGAAAAGAAUCCAAGUGGUUGAGGCCCUGAACACUCUUUUGCUACGAAUAUAUGAGCGCGGGCGCGCCCCCGAGACUGGAGGUGGGGUGGGCAAAGUCUUUCGCCCUGGAGCGGUGCGCGAUGCUAUCUCACGCCGACCUCCUGGACGCCAGGCUAGGUUUGGAGAUUUUCGUCAGAAGGUGAGAAGUGUAUUGGCCGUGGGGGAGAAUUUGCUGCUCUUUGGAAAUGCAGGUAUGAAAGAUGCCGCCGAGCUUUUGGGACACCGGGAGGCAGUGAAGUGUCGGCUGGGCGUGGGGGGUUCGGAUCCUGGGGGUCACCCAGGAGACCUGGCCCCCAACUCGGAUACGGUAGAGGGAGCAACACUUCUCCCCGGAGAGGACAUCACCACGGUGGGCUCUAACACGGCCUCGCUGGCGGUCAGCGCCAAGGACCCGGACAAACAGCCGGGGCCACAGGGCGGGCAGAACCCCAGUCAGGCUGGACAGCAGCAAGGGCAGCAGAAACAGAAGCGCCACCGCACUCGUUUCACUCCAGCGCAGCUCAACGAGCUGGAGAGGAGCUUCGCAAAGACUCACUAUCCGGACAUUUUCAUGAGGGAGGAGUUGGCCCUGCGGAUCGGCCUCACCGAGUCCCGAGUACAGGUAUGGUUCCAGAACCGCCGUGCCAAGUGGAAGAAGCGCAAGAAGACAACGAACGUUUUCCGAGCCCCGGGGACGCUGCUGCCGACGCCGGGCCUGCCACAGUUCCCCUCGGCCGCCGCGGCCGCCGCCGCCGCCAUGGGGGACAGCCUGUGCUCCUUCCACGCCAAUGACACCCGCUGGGCAGCGGCUGCUAUGCCGGGCGUGUCGCAGCUGCCGCUGCCGCCCGCGCUGGGCAGGCAGCAGGCCAUGGCGCAGUCCCUGUCCCAGUGCAGUCUGGCGGCCGGGCCCCCGCCCAACUCUAUGGGCCUGUCCAACAGCCUGGCGGGUUCCAACGGCGCCGGGCUGCAGUCUCACCUCUACCAGCCCGCCUUUCCCGGUAUGGUGCCCGCCUCCUUACCCGGCCCGAGCAAUGUCACGGGCUCGCCCCAGCUCUGCAGCUCCCCGGACAGCAGCGACGUGUGGCGGGGCACGAGCAUCGCGUCCCUUCGCCGCAAAGCACUAGAGCACACAGUGUCCAUGAGCUUCACCUAAUGCCCCCUCUCCCGGCACCCCGGGCCCAAAUCCCGACCUUGCUCCCCUCCUCUUCCCCGCUGGCCCAGCAGCAUCUCACCCAUCCCCUUUCCAUUCCUCUGGCCUCCCCUCCCCCCCAUAACAGGUCUCCUUCCCCAUUCCCGUACCUCUCUCCUAGAUGCCCCCGAUCCCUCCCGCUUCUACCACACCCGUCUCCCCCCGACCAUGUCCCCUGACUUUUCUAUCUCUCCUCGCCUCUUUCCUUUGCCUAUCCCUUGCUCUCCAGUCACCUAUGUUCACGAGGCCUCCUCGUCCUCCUCUUCCAUAAACUCAUCUUUCCCCCGACUUCUUCGUAUUCCCUGACUUCUAUUUCCCUUACUCCCUCUCCACGCGUCCCCUCCCCCAGCCAAUUUCAUUAUCUUCACCGUCUUUUCUUCUCCACUUGACCCUCCAAAUCAAAUCCCUUUUUUUUUUCUCCACUCCAGAAUAUUCAUCCUCUCUGGGGUAACUGCUUUUUCCCAUCAGCCUCUUCAAGUCUUUGCCACAUUUCCCUCCUAAACCAGAUUUGUUAGUCACACUUUCUUUUCUUGAAGUAUUAUUACCGUCCAUAUUUCCCAUUUUCACUAUUAUACCUCACCCUCCUAUACCUUUUCCACUCUCCCAAAGCUCCUUCUUCAUUGUCUCCUCUCCCACAUCCCCCUUCUUCAUUUUUCCCUUUUCUCUUCCCUGCCUCACUCACCUCCCCCUGCCCUUCUCCUACUACCCGGCGAAAUGCAUUAUUCCCGCCAUUUUACUUACCAGGGAGUCGACUCAGGAUCUGAAAUUAGACACCAAUGGACUGGUUUGUGGGCAGAAAUACACACACAUACACAAACACAAGCACACAUACACAUACACACACACAAACACACACACACACACACAACACCCAAGUCACAUAAGGACAUGCUCAAGGGACAACACAAUAUUAGGGAUUUUUGUCUUAAAGGAGGACAAGUGUCUGCUACUGUCUGCCUCAUCUAAGGGCCUAAUUGAUCUAAUUUAAUUUUUCCUUUCCUCCCUCCCUCCCUCCCUCCCUUCCUUCCUCCCUCCUUUCCUCUCUUCCUUCCUUCCUUCACUAUAUUUUCCUCCUCCUUCUCCU